AUUUUGUUUACACACAUGAUUUCACGAUUCCAUAACUUAAUUCGCUUUUAUCAAGAUAGUAUUCAAAUUAUACCGAAGAUCAGAAAUUUGCAUAUGUUGCAAAUAUGGAUUUAGAGGACAUGGAUGUAUCACUUAAAUUUUAUAAAUACUUAUGUGACAUUGUCGGUUCUGAGGAAGUUAUAAGAACAAGAAGAGAUAUCUUCACUGCGAAAGAUACUGGUGAAAGUAAUACUAGUAUUUUAACCUCCAUAAGUAGUGGCAGUAAAGCAGAAGGUCUAGAUCUCGAAGGCAGUGAUUACGAUGAGAUGUUUCUCCGUAACUAUAUUCGUGUGUAUGAAAGCUCAAAUAAUGUCCUGUCUGAUCCAGAUAAAAUUCUAUUGCUUAUGGAUACCAACGACACAAAACCUGGAUUUACAAAACUGAAGGUAGUCAACAAAUCAUGUCUUGUUGCCAUACGCGAAUUUUGUGAAAUUGUUGGAGAAGAUAUUUACAUGUCCAGCAAAUGUUUCCGGGAAGACAAAUUACGUGAUGACAUGGUUAUUCAUGGUCCAUGUCAAUCUACAGCUAAUGGGGAUUAUGAUAGUGCAUCAUGUCUCAGAUGUAAUGAGUGGAUAUCACCGGUUCAACAAUGGAUUUACAGAUCUCGUACAACAUGGCCAGACUACACACUAGUUAAUUCAGCUGUACAAUACGGAGUUUUAUUGGUUCCUAUUGGAUGCAAAAACUCUCCUAAUGAGGACUUACAAUGGCGAAUAUCGUUUUCUGUCACCGAGAAACUGUUGAUUUAUUCCUUUACACAUACGCAGUUAUUAUGUUAUGCGUUAAUGAAAAUUAUCUUAAAGGACCUCAUUAAACCGAGACAUGGUGACCUUCUUUGUUCAUAUUUUCUCAAAACGAUUAUGUUCUGGAUUAGUGAGGAAGUAAUCCCAUCAAAAUGGAAACCCAAGAAUAUGCUUUCUUGUUUCUUGGAUUGUUUCAGCAGACUUAUUUAUUGUGUGGAAUAUAAAACAUGUCUCCAUUAUUUUAUUCCAGAAUACAAUCUGUUUGAGGACAGAUUUACUGAGGAAGAACAUAAGACAUUAAUGUAUGCACUCAAAAGUAUAUAUGGAUCGCCAUGGACUUCUAUAUUUCAUACGGAAACUUUUCUGAAUUACAGAUUACAAUCAGAAAAUUCAAAUUGGAUGACUCUAUCAGCGUCGGCAUUAUCUUGUUUUUAUUAUAUAAGAUCAACUGAUAAUCCAGGUUUCAUUCAUAGUGAAUUAAAACGCAUUAGCACUGGCAAUACUAAUAUUUUUAGAAGAGACAUGUGUGUUUACAUAAUAUGUGAUAGUGCUAGGAAAUCUAUACAAAAGUCUGAUAUGUUGAACUUGACAGACAGAAACAAAUCUUUUUACAAACAAUACAAGAUCCUAUUUGCUUAUUUGAAGAUAACUUUACAGUCGGAUUCUAUAUCUUCCUGGUUAUUGUUAGCAUCUUUGUUUUACAACUGUAAACAAUAUAAGGAAUGUCUUGUUAUGACAAACUACUAUUUAUCCAGAUGCACCCCAGAUAUGAUUUAUCUUUAUUUAAACAACAACUUGGCUGAACAGACUGUUUUCGAACAGAUGAAGCAAAGAUUAGGAUUAUCGCUUGCAUUCAAACAUUUGAUAAUUGAAGAUGUAUGGUUUCGAUAUCAGUCUUAUUUAUUACCAGACGAACUGAUACCUUUGGUAGUGAACGAAAACCUUUCGAUUCCCCCAGUUGUAUAUUCGUAUCUACUACAAUUUCUGUGUUGUCAUUAUCUUGGAGACAAAAGAGGAAAACUUAGCACGCUGCAUGAUCUUAAACUAACAAUAAAAGAACGAUACUUUAUAUGGGCAGAUGAUAAAACUUUGAAAAAACUUACACAAAUUGUCGAAAUAGUCAAGACAUUGCUAUGA